UUGCGCAGUAGUGCUAGCGGCUUCGCGGUUCGGUCCUCCGACCCGGCAGCCGCCACUGGUGCUGAGCUGCUAGGAGGCCCGUGUCGGCGAGCUCGUUGGAGCUUGAACCCAUUGUCACCCCUCCGACACACCGGCAAAAAAAAAAAAAAAAAAUGGUUGAAGCAGAUCGCCCAGGAAAGCUCUUCAUUGGUGGGCUUAAUACGGAAACAAAUGAGAAAGCUCUUGAAGCAGUAUUUGGCAAAUAUGGAUGAAUAGUGGAAGUACUCUUGAUGAAAGACCAGGAAACCAGCAAAUCAAGAGGAUUUGUUUUUGUCACCUUUGAAAGCCCAGCAGAUGCUAAGGAUGCAGCCAGAGACAUGAAUGGAAAGUCAUUAGAUGGAAAAGCCAUCAAAGUGGAACAAGCCACCAAACCAUCAUUUGAAAGUGGUAGACGUGGACUGCCUCCACCUCCAAGAAGUAGAGGCCCCCCAAGAGGUCUUAGAGGUGGAAGUGGAGGAACCAGGGGACCUCCCUCACGGGGAGGACACAUGGAUGACGGUGGAUGUUCCAUGAAUUUUAACAUGAGUUCUUCCAGGGGACCACUCCCAGUAAAAAGAGGACCACCACCAAGAAGUGGGGGUCCUCCUCCCAAGAGAUCUGCACCUUCAGGACCAGUUCUCAGUAGCAGUGGAAUGGGAGGGAGAGCUCCUGUAUCACAUGGAAGAGAUAGUUACGGAGGUCCACCUCGAAGGGAGCCACUGCCCUCUUGUAGAGAUGUUUAUUUGUCCCCAAGAGAUGAUGGGUAUUCUACUAAAGACAUCUAUUCAAGCAGAGAUUACCCAAGUUCUCGUGAUACUAGAGAUUAUGCACCACCACCACGAGAUUAUACUUACCGUGAUUAUGGUCAUUCCAGUUCACGUGAUGACUGUCCAUCAAGAGGCUAUAGCGAUAGAGAUGGAUAUAGUGAUCGUGACUAUUCAGAUCAUCCAAGUGGAGGUUCCUACAGAGAUUCAUAUGAGAGUUAUGGUAACUCACGUAGUGCUCCACCUACACGAGGGCGCCCGCCAUCUUAUGGUGGAAGCAGUCGCUAUGAUGAUUACAGCAGCUCACGUGACGGAUAUGGUGGAAGUCGAGACAGUUACCCAAGCAGCCAAAGUGAUCUCUACCCAAGUGGUCGUGAUCGGGUUGGCAGGCAAGAAAGAGGGCUUCCCCCUUCUAUGGAAAAGGGGUACCCUCCUCCACGUGACUCCUACAGCAGUUCAAGCCACAGAGCACCAAGAGGUGGUGGCCAUGGAGGAAGCCGAUCUGAUAGAGGGGGAGGCAGAAGCAGAUACUAG